AGCGCCGCAGCCGGGGUCGGAGCGCAGGAGCCGACGGGGCCCGGCCGGGAUGGUGCAGCGGCAGCUCCUCGGCGCACACACGCACUGAGUGGGCCCAAGCUGGGCCCCGCGCCCCCCGCGCCCCCCGCCGCCCCGAUCCCGGCCGGCAUGAUGUGCCUGGAAUGCGCCUCGGCGGCGGCGGGCGGCGCGGAGGAGGAGGAGGCGGACGCGGAGCGGCGGCGCCGGCGCCGGGGGGCGCAGCGAGGGGCCGGCGGUGGCGGUUGCUGCGGGGCGCGGGCAGCGGGCGCCGCUGGAGUGGCGACCGCCGACGAUGAGGUGCAGACGCUGUCGGGCAGCGUGAGACGGGCCCCUUCCGCACCCCCCAGCACCCCCAGCACCCCCAGCUGCGCAGCCGCUGCCAAGGGCCUCGGCGCUCAGCAGCCCAAACCAGCCAGCUUGGGCCGCGGGCGGGGGGCAGCCGCUGCCAUCCUCAGCUUGGGCAACGUGCUCAACUACCUGGACAGGUACACCGUAGCAGGUGUCCUUCUGGACAUCCAGCAGCACUUUGGGGUCAAGGACCGAGGCGCCGGCUUGCUGCAGUCAGUGUUCAUCUGCAGCUUCAUGGUGGCUGCGCCCAUCUUUGGCUACCUGGGUGACCGCUUCAACAGGAAAGUGAUCCUCAGCUGUGGGAUUUUCUUCUGGUCGGCCGUCACGUUCUCCAGCUCCUUCAUUCCGCAGCAGCACUUCUGGCUGCUGGUCCUGUCCCGCGGGCUGGUGGGCAUCGGUGAGGCCAGCUACUCUACCAUCGCGCCCACCAUCAUCGGCGACCUCUUCACCAAGAACACGCGCACGCUCAUGCUGUCUGUCUUCUACUUCGCCAUCCCUCUGGGCAGCGGCCUGGGCUACAUCACCGGCUCCAGCGUGAAGCAGGCGGCCGGAGACUGGCACUGGGCCUUGCGGGUGUCCCCCAUCCUGGGCAUGAUCACAGGAACGCUCAUCCUCGUCCUGGUCCCGGCCACUAAGAGAGGCCACGCUGACCAGCUCGGGGGGCAGCUCAAGGCCCGGACGUCAUGGCUCCGAGACAUGAAGGCCCUGAUCCGCAACCGCAGCUACGUCUUCUCCUCCCUGGCCACGUCGGCCGUGUCCUUCGCCACAGGGGCCCUGGGCAUGUGGAUCCCGCUCUACCUGCACCGUGCCCAAGUCGUGCAGAAGGCGGCGGAGACGUGCAGCAGCCCGCCCUGUGCGGCCAAGGACAGCCUCAUCUUCGGGGCCAUCACCUGCUUUACGGGUUUUCUCGGGGUGGUCACGGGCGCAGGAGCCACGCGCUGGUGCCGCCUGCGGACCCAGCGGGCUGACCCGCUGGUGUGCGCUGUGGGUAUGCUGGGCUCCGCCAUCUUCAUCUGCCUCAUCUUCGUGGCGGCCAAGAGCAGCAUCGUGGGGGCCUAUAUCUGCAUCUUUGUAGGGGAGACGCUGCUGUUUUCUAACUGGGCCAUCACGGCGGACAUCCUCAUGUAUGUGGUCAUCCCCACCAGACGGGCCACUGCCGUUGCCCUGCAGAGCUUCACGUCCCACCUGCUGGGGGACGCCGGAAGCCCCUACCUCAUCGGCUUUAUCUCCGACCUGAUCCGCCAGAGCACCAAGGACUCCCCGCUCUGGGAGUUCCUGAGCCUGGGCUACGCCCUCAUGCUCUGCCCCUUCGUCGUGGUCCUGGGUGGCAUGUUCUUCCUGGCCACCGCGCUCUUCUUCCUCAGCGACCGCGCCAAGGCAGAGCAGCAGGUGAACCCGCUGGCGAUGCCGCCCGCAUCUGUGAAAGUCUGAGGCAGUGCCACUGGGACAACGAAGAACCCUUGCUCCUACCUAGCCUGGGAGGUGUUCCCCGGCGCCCUGGCCCCGUAGGGCUGUCCCGAAGCUUUCCGUGUGACCCACAGCUGGGCGCCCACAGGCUCUGGUCUGGGACUGCCGCGUGGCCAUGGCUCCAAGAAGCUGUGUCCUCAACUAACCUGGAAGGCUGUGUGUGCUGGAGCCAUACCCUGGGACAGACCCCCAGGCCUGGGUCUGGGGUGCAGGGGCCCUGGGGCCCAGGAAGACAGCCCGCUGUGGGCAUGUGGGGAGAGGCUGGCCUGUCCCCGGCUUACAUGAUCCUGGGGCAGUCUCUGCCCUCCCCAGACUCUGGGGCCCGGGGGCUGGACUUUCCUGCCCAGCUUGCUGGGCAAGGCACCACCUGCAGCUUUGAAGACACGACAACUCCUGGGCUGCACAGAGAAGAGGUGGCCCAAGCCUCAGGGUGGCACUUCCGGCUCUGAGACUCCCUGAAGGGCCUGGUGUGUGAGGACUACACAGCCUGUCAGCUGGGCCUCUGACCUCGUGGACGUUGGACUCAACCUGGCAGAGCCGGGCACCCACGUUGCUAGGCGCUUCCCAGCCUGGCUGGUCGCUCUGGAGGACGUCUGUCUCUGCUGCCUUGGGCUGGCUGUCAGCCCGGGGAUCUCCCAGGUGGGGGACCAUCCUGACAGGGAGCUGGCAUUACCAGGAGUGAAGGCCCUGGUGGCAGCUACACACCACGUGUGCCCCAGGCUUGAGACCUCUGGGGGCUCUCCAUGCCUACAGGGCUCCUUGGAUCCACCCUAGCACCCCCGCCCUCCAGAAGCCGGGAACUGACUCUGGCCCCCAGGCUGGGCCCUUUCCAGGGGCAGCGCCCAGGGGACAAUUCCCAGAAUCUGUGGGGCAGCAGCCAGGGCUCCGGCUGUCAGAGGAAGCAGCCCUCCACUGGGCUUCCUGUCCCAGGGACGAGCCUGGUGGAGACUGAGGCGCGUCGGGACAGGCCAGCACCCAGAGCCACCUCCACACACACAUCAGCUGCUGCUGCCGUUCACACGCAGCCCAGACUCCCCCCACCCAGAGCCACACAACGGGGUGCAGCCGCCAACUUCUCACCAGACCCCAGCUUCCCGGCGGAGCUUAUCACGUCCCCUCUGCUCCAUACUCCCUCCCGGCACCGUUGCUGGAAUCAAGGUGGUUCUGGUCGAGGUGGCCCCGUGUGGCCAGCAGGAGACCCUAAGAGCCAGCCAGCUUAGUGUGCUCUGCCCACAGUCGACUGGCUGGUGUGGCUUCAAUGGGAGAGAAGUUAGUGGAGGAGCCCCUCCCCACCAAGCUCUGGGGCACCCUGGGGGGGCCUAACCAAGGGGUGGGCUUCCCCCAAAGACCAGCCUGGCCUCCAUUCCCACCCCGGCCUCAACUGGGGCCCCAGCAAUGUUUUCUUGUUGUACAAGAACCAGGUCCAAGUGUUGCUUCCUCUUCCUUCCGGAAGCCAAACUGCUCCUUUAUUUUUUAGAGCUGCUGAUUGUGAAUCUCAGAGUCUUAAAAGAGAAGCCAAAUAUAUUCCUCUUGUAAAUGAAGAAAUAAAGAUAUUUAAGUCAUG